AGACCUGUAACUCAACCAUUUUGUUGGGGACUUCACAAUUGUAGUGAGCUGUUUGUUUUAUAUAAUUUACAAUACUGUAUUUUUAAAAUUCCAAAAUGAUCAUCAGUCGGAUUAAUUUAAGUUCAUUGGUGCUCAUCAGUUUUUUCAUUAUUUUCAAUGUUGAUCAAGUAUUGUCAUUGAAGUGUUAUCAAUGCACUUCUCUCAGUAAUGAAACAUGUUCGACUGAACCUGCAAAAACUGAUUUAAUGGAGUGCAGAGAAGUUACUAGUACCACAACAUCAUCAAAUAAUGAAACAACUAUUGUUACUACACCUCCAACGACAGUGACAACUGUGCCUACUUCCCCAACGACAGUAAUUACAACUGCAGCUCCUUCAGGAAAUUCUACAGGAAAUUCAAGUGCAGCUUCUUCAUCAGAUGUCCUUUAUAAACGACUAAGACGUUCUGCAGACACUCGUACUGAUGAAACUUGGGAGUGCGUCAAGCUAGUAAGCAAAGAAGGAGACGUAGAAAUAAUCACCAGACAAUGUGUAAAGAAGAGUGCAUCGUACUGCAACGGAAAAGAUGAAAACUCUUGUUUUGUCUGCAGUGACAAGGAUGGAUGUAAUUCUGCUUCGAGUAUUGGAUUACAGUUCGUUUCUAUGGUUUUGCCUGUAGCCGUAGCACUGUUCUUAGCACGAUAAUUUUAUUAUAUUGAUACGUGUAAUAUUUUGAUAAUAUAUAAUCAGAUGUUCUAUUAUCUAAUCAAGUUUUUAAAAGAUUAAUUUACAUGAGUAAGAAUUUAUUGCAGAAUUUUAAUAUUAAUAUUAAUAUUUUUCUAAAAAUAAUCAAAUAUCAAAUGUAAAUAAUUCAGACUUAAUUUAAUUAUUCAAUAAAGUUUAAUUACGACAUAACGUAAUCC